AAUGGGAAACCAGCCCAAAAUCUAUACACAUUUUUUGUUUUUUGUGUCCACGGCAAUCGGAGCGAUGAAGUUGUUCCCCCGGCUACUGGCAGUACUAUUACUAUCCAUCCUGUUGAUCGGAAAAUGUGUGGGCUACGUCCGCCUAACGAACCUCAAGUGCGAGAGCCUGGAUCCAGCGUUCAUGGAGUUCCCUACUUGCCGCCUGAAUGUGCUCGGACGCGGCAUUAUCGGAGGUAAUAUCCAUCUGAAGCUCCUGAAGGUGCCCAUCACCAAAAUGAAUUUGAGAUUCAACGUCUACCGGCGGCUCAGUGGCUACCAUCCCUUCCUCUUCAAUAUCAGCACUGAAUUUUGCCGAUUUAUGAGGAACCCUAAUCCCCUGCGGGCCUUUUUGCCCUACUCCAAUGUGAAUCACACCUGACCCUACACCGACGAUGUUUUUGUAAGGAACUGCACUCUGAAUGACGAGAUGUUUAGGAGAGUUCCACUGCCAAAGGGCAACUACAUGAUCACGCUUGGGAUGGACAAUGGGGCUAGAAAAUGGGUCGGAAUCGUUUCUAUUUACAUCGAAAUAGAUUUGGAUUAG